AUGAUAGAAAGUGACAUCUCAUCCAUAAUGUCAGGACUCGUUCGAAACUCUGGGCAAAAUCACCACCCUUCGCCGCAGGAAUACAGGCUCCUGCCUUCCGCCAAUGACGAGGACCUCCCCGGGGACCUGCAGUCACUCUCGUGGCUCACGGCUGUGGACGUGCCUCGGCUGCAGCAGAUGGCGAGUGGCCGCAUGGACCUGGGUGGCCCCAGUGUGCCACAUCCACACCCAGGAGCCUUGGCUGGGGCAGCCGAUCUGCACGUGGGAGCCACCCCAGGCCCCCUGCUCCACGGUCCACCAGGCAUGGAGCCCCGAGGCAUGCUGGGCCUGGGCCCCCUGUCCAGCCACGGAGCCAGUCAGAUGAGCCAGUUCCCCGUGGGGGGCCAGCCACCCUCUGGCCUGCAGGACCCCUCGCAGCUGUACUCACCGGGGACCCAGCCACAGUUCCCGCUCCCCCCGGGAGCCCAGCAGUGCCUUCCUGUGGGCCUCUACGGCCCCCCGUUGGGGGCACGGCCCUCGUACCCCCAGGCCCACAUGGCAGUGCAUGCACCGCAGGAGCAGCUGCACCCCAAGCACUACCCCAAGCCCAUCUACUCCUACAGCUGUCUGAUCGCCAUGGCCCUCAAGAGCAGCAAGACGGGCAGCCUGCCGGUGAGCGAGAUCUACAGCUUCAUGAAGGAGCACUUCCCCUACUUCAAGACGGCUCCGGACGGUUGGAAGAACUCGGUGCGGCACAACCUGUCCCUGAACAAGUGUUUCGAGAAGGUGGAGAACAAGAUGAGCGGCUCCUCCCGCAAGGGCUGCCUGUGGGCGCUGAACCUGGCCCGCAUCGACAAGAUGGAGGAGGAGAUGUACAAGUGGAAGAGGAAAGACCUGGCCGCCAUCCACCGGAGCAUGGCCAACCCUGAGGAGCUGGACAAGCUGAUCUCGGACCGGCCGGAGAGCUGCCGGCGACCCGGCAAAGCAGGGGAGCCCGAGACCCCCGUGCUGACUCACGCUACCUCGGUGGCUGUGGCCCACAGCUGCCUGGCCAUCUCCCAGCUCCCCCCGCAGCCCCUGAUGACCCUGUCCCUGCAGGCCGUCCCCCUGCACCACCAGGUCCAGCCCCAGGCCCACCUGGCCCCCGACUCCCCGGCUCCGGCCCAGACCCCACCCUUGCACGCCCUGCCCGACCCCAGCCCCGGCCCCCUCCCACAGCCCGCCAUGGGCAGGACCCCCGUGGACUUCGUCAACAUCAGCACCGACAUGAACCCCGAGGUGGACGCCCUGGACCCCAGCAUCAUGGACUUUGCCCUGCAGGGAAACCUGUGGGACGAGAUGAAGGACGAGGGCUUCAGCCUGGACGCGCUGGGGGCUUUCGCCGACUCCCCGCUCGGCUGUGACCUGGGGGCCUCCGGCCUGACCCCUGUCUCUGGUGGCAACGACCAGUCCUUCCCUGACGUGCAGGUGACGGGUCUCUACACCGCCUACGCCACCCCGGACAGCGUGGCCUCGUCGACGGCCGCCUCCCAGUACCUGGGUGGCCCUGGGAACAAGCCCAUAGCUCUGCUCUGAGCCGACGGACGGCCUCAGUGGCCCUCCAGCCCUCAGCAGCUGGCUCGGGCAGGGGACCGCGUGGACCGGGGUGUCCCAGAGACAGGCCCCUCGCCUCCCACGGGCCUCUCCAGAGCUUUCGACCAGGCUGCUGGCCGGUGGGGAAGCAGUUCCUGCCUGUCCUGCCCUCCGCUGGAAGUUCCUGGGGCCGAGGAGAGUGGACACGCAGCCUGGCCUCCCCUGCUCCUCCGGGGCCUGACAAGGCCUGGCCUCGUUGAACACCCUCCUGGUGAGGGCCCCUCGGUGACCGGCAGCCUGCUUUGGGACACACCAGUGCACCAGGGCCACACUCAGGCCUUCACCUGCUGUGGUCACAAGAAGGCCCAGCAGCUCAGAGCCUCAGCCUCAGCCUCAGCCUGGGGAGGCCGGAGGCCAGGAGGGGCCUGGGAGCUCAGAACGUCUCUGGGAUGAAGCAGCCUGAACUCUGGGGGGCUGCACCCACUUCCCCCCGAGCAGGCCAACGCUCCACAGAGAGCCUCCUGGGCCGUGGGGCACUGGACCCUGAGUAGGUUUAUUUAUAUUUAUUGUGGCCUCCUCCACCUCAGCAAACCCAGCCCCAGGCCUCCGGGAUGAGACUCCUCCAUCCCUCCCGGGUCCCGGCAACCCCAGCUCCUAAGUGACCAGAGAGUCACAUCUAACUGGCUUGUCCUCCCUCGGCAGCCGCGGGCUUCUUUUCAGGACAAACAAGCACUUUUGAUACUGUGAGGCACCUGGUUUGAACAGUAGGUGGGCACCUAAGAGGAGAGGUGCCAUGGUUUGGGGGCCUGGGGACUUGUUAGGACCAAUGGAGCUGAGAAUGGGCGGAUGGAGCAGGGAGCUCUGUGCACGGGGCUAAGACCCCCAUUGGAGAGACAGACAGCUGUCCCCAGGGGGAAGUGUGGCCCGGGCAGCCAGUGCCACCGAGAGCACAAAUCGUCACCUGCCCAGUUCUUUGUCCCCGGGGCGUUUCUUUUCCUCAUUGUCAAUGACUGAUUCUCCACGUGGCAGGCUCUGAGGGCAGCAGGGUUAGCAGGGGUUUGGGGACAGCUCUGCCAACUGCGGCCAAAACCGCGGCAGUGGCAGGGACCCCCCCCACCCUCGGUGUUUAGAUGCCACAUCCCGGAGCUCCCAAGCCCUAGGGCCAGAACGUUCUGACUCGCCCCCAGUCAGCCAGCCGUCCCGGGGUUUGCCAGUCACUCCUGACUUAAGGGCCGCUGUAAAUCCUCUCUAGUUCUGGAACUUUCUGCCAAGCCUCGCCAGCGUGAGGCAGCCCAGUGCCGCCCCCCUGACUGGCCCACUCAGCGGCUGCGGGUGUCCCUAAGUUGAGAUGUUUAAACUGUCACUGAUGAAGGCCCAGGGCGGGGGCAGCGCGGGGACU